UCUCCAACUCAUCUUUCUGCCAGAAAUACGAACAUGGGGUUCAUGCUGCCGUCCCCAACCAACCCAAGAGAGCACGCUCGUGCUCUCAUGUCUCAAAAAGAGAACAUCGAAGCCGAACUCGACGCGCAGUUUUCUAUCCUUAAAACCAAUAACGUUGAUAUGACCACACCCCUGGUUGAUCGGGAAGGCUUUCCUCGAGCAGAUCUCUCCAGGCGGUAUAUGAUCCAUCGACAGUUGGAUCAUCACCCGCUGCAUCUGAGGAGGCUUGCACAGCACACGAGUUUAACGGAUAGCGCGGAAUCGCUACUUGCCUUUGCAAGAGUGGAUGGCGUGGCCCCGAGUAGCCCCGCAGCAGAAGCGGGACUUCGACGAGAAGAUCUGAUAUUGAAGUUUGGAUCUCUCGCACGAUCAUCAUUUACAUGCAAGUGCCAUAUUGUCCCUCACGAAUCCUAGCCAUCAUCGACGCUCUUUUGAGACGGCGCAGAUGUUUAUUCAUCACAGCUUUGUACAUGUACUUAUACACAUACUGUCGAAGAUCAUUCGCUCAUCGCAGGAGCCCUUGGCAAUGCAGACGAUACGUUACGGAAUACAGUUCCGGGAUCGACCUGGUGCGGGUUUCCCGUUCCAGGUCCACUCGAGCAAUUUCAAAGUUAUUCCUUUCAAAUAUUUCAUAUUGAACGAUUUCUGACGCAAGCCAGUCAAUCGAUUGCGCAAAAAGGGCAACCUUAAUAGAGGAAGUACGGAUAGGAAGAGAUGUUCAGCCAAAGCAAUGUCCUACUUUCUGAUUAUUGAUGUAUCCCGAUUCGCAUGCAUUCGCGCCCGGUCAUGGUUUUUCACAGCUGGUAAACCCCGACAAUGGCCUUAUCCAGAUUGGCGGGUUGUAACUUUUAUACAUACCGAACGGAACGAGACUGAGCACUGCG